UCUUUUUUUCCGCGGAAGUCGAACAGUUUCAGUCCACAGCACCCGCGCAAUCCCCCGCCCAUGGCGACCUCCGCCGCGCGCGCCGCCAAGCGCGCCAGGAUCGCCGCCCCGCCGCCGCCGACGCCGACGCCGACGCAUCUGCGGCGCGGGGACGGCGGCUACGUGCCGGGGAACAUCGUCGAGAUCGAGCUCUCCAACUUCAUGACCUACCACCGCCUCGCCUGCCGCCCAGGCCCCCGCCUCAACCUCGUCCUCGGCCCCAACGGCUCCGGCAAGAGCUCCCUCGUCUGCGCCAUCGCCCUCGCCCUCGCCGCUGACCCCGGCGUUCUCGGGAGGGUGGCCAGCGUCGGGGCGUUCGUCAAGAGGGGGGAGGAGUCCGGCCAUGUCAAGAUUUCACUCGCGGGAACACACCCGAACACAUUAUCCGCAUCACGAGGAAGAUCGAUACCAAGAACAAGUCCGAGUGGCAGCUCGAUGGCGCCACUGUGCCAAGAAAGGAAGUUGUUGAUCUCAUCAAGAAAUUCAAUAUUCAAGUUAAUAACUUAACACAGGUGUACCUUCAGUUUAUGUUACCGUUCCCUUUGUUUACAUUCGUUAUCAUUUUGCUUUGCAUCUUAAUCAAGAGGAGCCACUUAUCCAUUUGUCGUGAACCUAUUCCUGAUUUCUGUUUUCCUGCUCAACUGUGUUCAGCUUGACCGAUCCUUCAGCGUGCCCUUAAUUCAGUGACUUAAUAGGCUUGGCACUAAAAACUUAUGCUCGUGUGUAUAUAUAUGUAUCUUCUGUGUUCUAAACGCCACGUCAGUGAUAAGUAGUACUGUCGUCCUUACGCUCUGAACAUUCUAUAUUUCUUUUUUGAAAAAAAAAAACUGGUUGUUUUCAUUGGCA